GUGUCAUUCUAUAAACGUCAGCCGGACGCGACCAUCGACCAUAACAAACAUCCCAUCAGCCGUUUGACUAAACACACUGUGCACUCGAGUCAUUUGGAAUGGACUAAAGUUAUGGACUGACCAUACAAUCAACCAUCCAAGUCGAAAUGUUGAGAAUUAUGUUCGUCACCACAGCCGUAAUGUUGACGGUAUCAUAUUUAGUGGCCGCCGAUGUCAGCACAGAAAACAAAGACUCUACUUCUUUUCAAUUUAAACACCACAACAACAAAGAAAUGUUUGAGACCCUGAUGGAUGUGCAUGAAAAAUGUCCCGCUAUAACCACUGUGUACAGGCUGUCAGAAAAUUCAGUCGAAGGCCGCCCCUUGAUAGUCAUCGUCUUCUCAGUACAUCCCAAGAUACACAAGCCACUGGAUCCAGAAUUCAAGUACAUAGCCAACAUGCACGGUAACGAGGUACUGGGCAGGGAGUUGCUGUUGAAGUUGGCUGAUUAUUUAUGUGAAGAGUACAAGGCAGGUAACGCGGAAAUCGUCAAGUUGAUCACUAAUACCAGAAUACAUCUGAUGCCGUCCAUGAACCCUGACGGAUGGCAGAAAUCUACCGACGACGGAGGAAGCAAUUACCUAGUGGGUAGAAAUAACGCGGCGGGCAUAGACUUAAACAGAAAUUUCCCAGAUCUGGACCGUAUCGUUUUUGACAACGAAGCCUACGACAAAAAUAUCAACAACCAUUUGGUGCAUAUGGUGGACCAUCUAUCGUUUCCGAUACAACCCGAGACCAAGGCUGUAAUGCAGUUAAUUAUGACAGUACCAUUUGUGGCGUCAGCCAAUCUUCAUGGAGGCGAUUUGGUCGCCAAUUAUCCAUACGACGCUAGCCGGUAUGGAAACGUGCAGGGUGAAUAUGCCAAGAGUCCGGAUGAUGACACGUUCAAGUGGUUAGCUAUGUCGUAUGCUACACACCAUGCAGACAUGGCUAAUCCGAAUAGAGUGCCAUGCAGAGGCGGAGACACAAACUUUGGAAAAGAAGGCGGCAUUACCAACGGUGCUAAGUGGUACAGUGUAAGAGGAGGUAUGCAAGAUUUUAACUACUUGUCUUCCAAUGAUUUUGAAAUAACCCUGGAGUUGGGCUGUGACAAAUAUACGAGCGAGGACGCACUAGAACACGAAUGGGAAAAGAAUAAGAAUGCACUCAUCAAUCUUAUUUGGCAGAGUCAUAUAGGCGUUAAAGGUCAAGUUUAUAAUGAGUACACUGGGAAGCCAUUGGCAGAUGCGUUCAUCAAAGUGGUAAAUAUAACCAAUGGCGAAGAGAUGCCCAUUUUCCACGACGUUACAUCAGUACACGACGGGGACUAUUAUAGACUGCUGACAGACGGUGAAUACCGGAUCAUAGCUUCCAUGCAAGGAUACUUUCCUAAAACAGAGGUGGUUGUGGUGAAGAAUGAAUACCACGGCGAAGCAAAAAUCUUGAACUUCGGUUUAAAACCAGAUGUUGGUGUACAAUGGUACCACUAGAAAAAACUUAAAGCAAACUAAUGGUUGUAUAAAUAGUAAAGUAAUUAAUAUUUAAACUUUUACCCAAAAAAAAAUAUUAUUUAUCUAUGUGUACACGACAGACUGACAGACGAUCAGUUUGUCGUUAGUUCUAAAGAUGACAACAUUGUUGCCAAAAUACGUAUACGCUUAGAGUGUAUUAUUUUUAUUGUUAAUGGUUUAAAUAUUAAUUUCUUUACUAUAAAUGGUACCACGUUUAGAAAGUUAUGUUUGAAACGGAAAAUAAAGACAUUUAAACUA